UGGUGUGCUACGUGCUUGGUGCUUCCGUGAAGCAUUGUGUAUUCUGUGCUUCAUGCUUCGCGCUUCGUCCUUGCUACUUCGUGGAUUCAGUGCUUGGAGCAUCGUGAAUUCGGUGCUUGGUGCAUCGCGGGUUCGUGGUGGAUUCGGUGUAUGGUGCUGCGCGCUUCAUGGUUCGCGAAUCAGCGGUCCAUGCGACUUGGUGCUCCGUGCUUGGUGCUUUGGUGCUUUGUACUUUGUGAGUUGGUGCUUUCGUGAAUCGGUGCUGCGUGGAUCGGUGGUUCGCCCGUGGAUCGGGAGUUCCUGCUAAGUGCUCCGAUGUGAGCUUCGACGUGGAUUCCUGCUAGAGAAAAUGGAUAUAUUUGUGAAGACGGAAGAAAUUGGGAGAUCCUAUGUGAAGAGACUGUGCGUGAAGAGCAGUCUUCUUGGCUGUCAUCACACAACGGUGCAUAUGCAUCAUUGAACUGGAAUGGUGAACUGCUUACUGAAGAAGAGGGUACUGAAACGACAACAAAAGUUGAAGGCCGCGGGUAAAAGUACCGCGAGGGAAAGGACGGGCGCAAGGGAGGGUGAAGAACAACUGCCUGGAGGCAGAACGAGCAGCGAUGGCCUCGUCGGCGAUGGCAGGCUGUUUGCUACGAUCUCUGUGCUUAGGCAAACCAGGUAGUCGAUGGAUUGAGCAGCAGCAGUCGUCAGUGCCAGCGUUGCAGCAGAAAUGUCCCAGUCAGGUCAUCUCUUGUUCGUCCCAGGUGAUUGAAGCGGCUAAGGCGGAGGUGGCGAUGGCUAAGCGAACAAUCACGAAGGAGAUGGCGAGGGAGACGAUGUCGAUGGGGAGCAUGAUGGGGCGAAAAGUAAACCGGAAAUGGAGGCGGCUCAGGACGAUGGACCUGCUGCCGGUGGGAAGGGGAUGGCCUACGGACGGCAAGAGGGAUUUUCUGGCAUGUGCGCACUCGCAGGUGACGAGAAUCAACUGCAGCAGCAGUAGCAGCAGUGCUGGAAACGAGGGCGACCUGUUGACGUUGGACAAGGCCGUCUCCUCCGUCUCCUCCUCCUCCUCCCCCACAUCUCCCUUUGCUACUUCUACAAGGUCUCCUCUCCCGCUAUCUCCGCGUAGCGCUCCACAACAACGAUCGUCUGUUCGUCUGGCUCUCCCAAGCAAAGGUCGCAUGGCCGAGGACACUCUAGAACUCCUGCGAGAAUGCGAAUUGAAUGUGAAGAAGCCUAAUCCACGCCAAUACAUUGCCAGGAUUCCUGAGUUGGAAGCGGUGGAGGUCUGGUUCCAGCGUGCGUCGGACGUAGUGCGCAAAGUCCGCAGCGGGGACGUCGACUUCGGGAUAGUCGGCUAUGAUAUGCUGAGGGAGUACGGUGAAGAUGACAACGAUCUGGUCAUUGUUCACGACUCUUUGGGGUUCGGCCAUUGCCACCUGGCGAUGGGGAUCCCAACGGACGGCCGGUUCGCCGAGAUCCAGACCUUCGAUCAGCUGGCGGCUAUGCCGGAAUGGACGGUAGAGAACCCGAUGCGUGUAGUGACAGGCUACACCCACGUGGGAAGCCGAUUUCUCCAAGAGAAAGGGGUACCCCACGUGCAGAUAUCGACGGCAGACGGCGCCCUCGAAGCUGCGCCGGCGAUGGGAACUGCGGACGUGAUUCUCGACUUGGUGAGCAGUGGGACCACCUUGAGAGAGAACAACCUCAAGGAGAUCGAAGGAGGGACCGUGCUCCACAGCCAAGGCGUGCUCAUCGCUAGUAGGAAGGCGCUUCUCAAGAGCAAAGGUGUGCUGGAGGUCGCACACGAGCUUCUGGAAAGGAUUGAAGCGCAUCUGAGGGCGGAAAACCAGUUCAUCGUCACUGCCAAUAUCCGCGGCGAAUCGCACGACGACGUGGCAAGGCGAUUAUUCGAAGGAACGCAGUUCACUGGUCUACAAGGACCCACCAUCAGCCGCGUGUACAACACCCCGGCAACUCCCUCCUCCUCCUCCCAGCAGACAAAGAGCGAGGACCGAGAUCCCGGCUCCUACUUCGCCAUCUGCGUGAUUGUGCCCAAGAAACAGCUGUAUAAGGCAAUCAAUCAGCUUCGUGGAAUAGGAGGGAGCGGAGUGCUCGUUUCACCGUUGACCUAUAUCUUUGAUGAGGAGCCUCCCAGAUGGCGCAGCCUACUGGAUGAACUUGACCUGUCUUGAAUGGCAACCAUCACCCCUCCACAUUUUGCCCGCCUCAGGCACUCUGUGUUUGGUAAAUAAAAGUUUAACAAAAGGGAGCUACUCUCUCUUUGGUAAAUAACGACGAAGUUUAACAAAAGGGAGUUUAAACCCAUACUCGAGAGAGAUCAGAAAACGAACGAUUCCCAAAUAACUAUAACAAGCGGACCCGGCGCGGCGGCGCCGCGGCGCACGAGGGACGGGAGGGAAGAAGAGGGAGGUGGAGAAAAGGGGGGAGGUGUGGUUGAGCAGGAGGAGGGAGAGGAAGAGGCCGAAGCCGAACCCAAAGGGGAGGCAAAAGGCACGCUGAAGCAGCAUAAAGAUACGAUGAGACACCACAACAAAGCACCCGAGACCAGUUUAGGAAAUCAUACAAUUGCUGUUCUGUGCGGGUCGCUCCGUCUGUUCUGGGAAGCAGAAGAAAACAUUAUAUCAGACAAUGGAGACGUGCCCGGCUGUUUCGUACGACAAAGAUCCAAAGGCGAGAGAGACAUCAUAUCACACAGUGAAGAAGCAUCUGCUGUUGUCGUCGCUUGUGAUCUGUGUGCGUAUCUGUGUGUGUGUGUGUGUGUGUGUGUGUGUGUGUGUGUGUGUGUGUGUGUGUGUGCAGGGCUUUGGCAAUAGCAAGCGGGUUGGGCAGCAGCAUGGCUGGUACUCUGUGGCCUGAGAUACUAUGUGCACAUUGGUUGGUGCUAUAUGCCCCCUCCCAAGAAAAAACAAACUGCACGGAGUGUG